CCCCACUUUGUAUAUAUACGAACAAUUGGACCUACAACUAGUAUCACAAAACUUUUAGUUCUUUCACAAAUAAUGGCUUCUACCUCUUGUUUACCUGAUGAUACUCAUCAUAUCCGAUCAACUAGUUUGCCAACUAGAGCGCAUCCAAUCAUUCUUCAGGCGCAAGAGGAGAUCUGCAAAUUCAGAACAUGGGAGGCCUCGAUAUCAUCUAUUCCUACUGCAGAUUCAAUCUGCAGUGCAUUAACGAGGUUGCAAGUAUUGUAUGAAUGCGUUGACAAUGUUCUCAGUUUGCCUUUGACGCAGAAAGCUCUUACUCACAACCAAUAUACAAAAUUGGUCAAUGAGUUGUUGGAUAAAUCCAUCAGUCUUAUGGAUAUAUGUGGCUCUACAAGAGAUUUGGUCUCGAAAGUGAAAGAAAAUGCGAGAGAUGUUCAGUCGGCCAUGAGAAGAAGAAAAGGAGAGGUAAGCUUAACCACUUCCUUUAUCAAGAACCUGAAGAAAGAAGCCAAAAAAGCUAUGGCGUCUUUGAAGCAAAUUGAUGAGAAGAUUGGGGACAUGAAACCAUUGGAUCUAGAUCACCACCUCUUAUCAGCUAUUAAAGUGGUAAGAGAUGUUGGAGUUGUGAGAUCUUCUGUAUACAGGUCACUGUUGUUGUUCUUGUCUGGAUCUGUUCCAAACUUGAAAUCCACAAAGUGGUCGAUUAUCCAAAAAAUGAUUCAGAAAAAACCAAGUGCUGGAAAAGAUCCGCUUGAAAUUUCAAAUAAAGAUCUGGAGUGCCUUUUUCAAGAAAUGGAGAAUGGUUUGGAGUGCAUGUUUAGGAGUUUAAUCAAAACAAGGGCCUCUCUCUUGAAUGUUCUUUCUCGUUAAUGUUAUAUCAUAAAUGUAUCGCAAUGAUAAAAGUGUCUUUUAAAUGUAUGCCAAAUUUAUAAGCAUUCAUGCUUCAGAUUUUAGUAAUGAAAGUGUGCAAUUGCAACCA